UUACACUCACUGAGACCCUUAAACUAGCGGUGGUCGGACCCUCUCCUAUAUAUAGGACAAGGAUCAGCAUAGAUCAGUAGUCAACAUGGAACCCAAGAGCAUUAUAUUCAUCUUUGCCUUGGCUUUAGUUAAAUCCGAUCCUAUAUAUUACGCUGCUGAUCCUGUUCCACUAGUUAAUGCUUCAGGAGCUGUUCCUGUCGGAGAUCCCGCUGUUCAGAUUAAUCAAACAGCAGUCGUAGAUGGAGCAGCAGCUCCAGCUGUAAGCAGUAUCACUGCUCCUGAAACUGCAUCAGCAGCAGGAUAUUGUAUUUGUGUGUCUAGUGCAUCAGUUGCCGCUCCAGGAGUGAGUAAUGAGUCUGCUGCUGUAGUGCUCCCACCUAUGCCCGGAGUAGCAGCAACCCCAGUUCUCCCUCCAAUACAGUUACCAUCUAAUCAAUCUGCUGCUCCAGCAGUAGCAAAUGUUUCUGUAAUGUCCAGAAGGAAAAGACAAGCAGCAGUACCAGCAUAUCCUGCUGUACCAGUAGCAGCAGCACCAGCUGGAGUAGCAGCUAUUGAUCCUGUCACUGGAUUACAAGCUGCUCCAGCAACAGAUCCAGCAGCUGCUGUAGUCACAAACCAAGCAGCUGCAGUAGCGGUAGAUCCAGCAGCAGCUGUAGCGGUAGAUCCAGCUACUGCUCCAGCAGCUGUUGUAGCAGUAGAUCCUGCUGCAGCUACAGUUGCUGCAGUUCCAGCUGUUACCUCCACCGCACCAGUUUUACGUGCAGAUGAGAUUAUGGGAACAUGCACCUGUCCUUCAGGAUACCAACCUAAGCAUGCAGCAGCAUCUCCUCCAGCACCUUUAGAAGAUCCUUCCCUUCCUGUUGCUCCAGUAGUCCCGGGAGUUCAAGACGCUGCAGCAACUCCUGCACUUGCAGCAGCUCCAGCAGUCCCUGAAGCAGCAGGUGCUCCAGCUGCUCCAGGAAUUCCAGCAGCUCCUGCAGCUCCAGUAGCAGUAGGAGUCCCAGUAGCAGCAGUCCCAGGAGUCCCAGCCGCAGCGCCAGCUUAAGUACACAUGGUACUUGUUCUUAGGCACACAAUUGGACUCAGUAAAAAGGAUCACAGUGAAAAAUGUAAAACCAUGUCUUGAAUAAAUUCUUGAGGUUUUCUAACCACA